UAGGUGACAUGAGUAUGGAAGAGCUGCUGGAGAAGUAUAAAGGAGCGUACGCCUCAGACUUCGAGGAGCCGUCUGCGUCCGGCUCUAAAGCGAGCUCUGACUCGGAGGUUUCUGGAGACGACGAGGUGGAGACUGAAGAAGACGAGAGCGACGUGGAAAGCAACACUUCCUCCUCAGAUUCAGCGGGAGACAGCGCAGAGGAGGAUGACAGCGAGAAGGACGAAGAGGAGAGCGAGGAGGAGGAAGAUGACGAUGACGAGGAGGAGGAGGAGGAAGGAGACGACUGUGAAGACGAUGAAGGGAUGGAGGUGUUGCUGAAGGAAGGAGACAACAGCCCUCCUUCCUCCGCCUCACGACCCAAAAAAGAGAUCAGUCACAUCGCCGCCCCCGCUCAGAGAGUCUGCAGCCCAAAGGAUACACGCUCGCUACCACCAAGGUGAAGACCCCGAUCCCCGUUCCUCCUCCACGGCACGCUGAGAGAGUACCAGCACAUCGGACUGGACUGGUUGGUCACCAUGUUCGAGAAGAAGCUGAACGGCAUCCUGGC